AUGGCUAUUCUCAAUAUCGCCCCGGUAGUGGCCAAGUUGUUUAUUGGAUGUUUUGUUUUCUAUCAUAAAUUCAACAUCUACGCUUCUCUCUUGGUGGUGAUUGCCUCUGUCACCUAUGUUUCGGCAGAAGUUUUUACUUCCAAUUGGAACCUAGAGCAUCAACGCGAGGUGAAGCAAACCCAGCGAAAUGAAACCCGCAUCGUGCAACAAGCCAUGCAAGGCUGGCGCACUAUCACAUACUUCAACCAGUUCUCUUACGAGAGACCGGAUUCCUGGGGUCAAUGA